AUUAUUUAACCCAGCAAAAUGGCGGAUAGUGUGUCAAUUAACUAAAUAAAAAAAAAACAAAAUUAAUACUAAAAAAUAUUGUGAAAAUCGACGAGUAAUGUAUUUUUAUUUUAAAACUUAAUGAGCGUAUGUACUGUGUACAACAUUUGCCAUGUACAUGAUAUCGGAUAAUGGAGCAAAUAAUUUAUUUUGACGGAAACAAUAAUGGCCACGGCAAAGACAAGGUAGUUGUAAAAAUUAUUACAACAAAAUAGUGAGAUUCCCCAGUUAACAUAUAUAUUGUUUUUUCUCUUGUUUCUUUUUUAAUUUUAUUCCCUUUUUUUUUUUCUUCAUUUUAUUUUAUUAUUGUUUAUCAAUAAAAAUAAUACACAAGUGCUUCAAUAAUAAAUUACGAUUAAUAACAACAAUAAUAAAACACACACAUAAAAAUUUUGUAAUUAAUCGUUCAUUCUCCAGACAAAAAUAAUUAAAAUAAUAACACACACACAAAAAGAACAAUGUCAGUGUGUUUUUAAAUUGUUGAAAAAAAAAAAAACCUUAACAGAUUUUUAUAUAUUAUGAAUAAAUAAUUUGAAAAAAAAAAAAACAAGUUAAUAAAAAGUGAUAAAUAUUAAAUAAAAAAUAAUAAUUAAAAGUGGGAGUAAAAAUUUAAUUGUUAAGCUGGGUUAAAAAAAGGGCUCAUUGAGAGGAAGAAAUAAAAUUCGACCUCGAAGAUGAGCCAACGGGUUUCAACAAAGACUGGCCGUCGUAAAAAGAAGGUCAAGUCAUCAACAACAUCAUCAUCACCAUCACCAGAAACAUCAGCAUCAUCAUCAUCAGCUGAAAUAUCAGAUAAUAUUUCAAUAAUUGAUCCAACAGAAACAACAGCUGAUAUUGUUAAUAAUGAAAAUGAUGAUAUGACCUUGAAUAAUGACAAUCAAAUAAAUGAUAAUAAAACUAUUUCAUCAGAAACAACAACAACAACAACAACAACAACAACAACAACACCAUCAACACCAACAGAUACAAUUAUUUCUAUACCAGAAAGUUUUUUUUUAGUAAAUGAACCAAAAUUUUCUGAUUAUGAUGGUAAACAUGUACGUAGUGCAAUAUUUUCAAAUAAAAAAUGGCCACUUAAAAUGGUUAGUUUUCCUGAUAAUGAUAAAAAUAUCGUCACGGGUUAUCAUGAGCCUGCAAAUCCUUGGAGACAUGCUGGUGAUGUUAACCGGGAAAUUUUGAUAUCGGCAUACAAAAAAUCAUGUGAACGUCAUUGCACGGAACCACUUAAAAAAGUAUUAGAUCAACUUGAGAUACUUGAAGUAAAUGAUUGGCGAUGUGAAGAAUUAUCAUUACAUCGUGAAAAUAUGGAAAAAUCAGUAUGUGAACCACUUGAGGAAAUAUUUAAACGUAUACAAUUUGUUAAAAUUGAUUUAGAAUCAGCAAAUCUUGAUGAUGAAAGUGCUGAAACAUUAUUUGACAUGAUUGAAUAUUAUGAAUCAGCUAAAAAUUUAAAUAUAUCUGGUAAUGUUGAUAUUGGUGCUCGUGGUUGGGUAUCAUGUGCACAAAUGAUGAAAAAAACAUUAUCACUUGAACAAUUAGAUGCUAAAGAUAUUGUCUUAACACAACAACAUAUUAAUAUUCUUAAAAGACCAUUACAAUUUGUAACACAUUUACGUAUACUUAAACUUGAAAAUUGUUCACUUGCUGGACGAGCAUUUGUCAUUUUUAGUGCACUCAAGGUUAAUACUGGAAUAAAAGAACUUCAUAUGGCUGAUAAUAAUUUUGAUAUUCAAGAUGCAAUACAACUUGGUUCAUUAUUUAGAAUUAAUAAUAAUUUACAAUUAUUGGAUAUUAGUAAUAACAAAGUCAAAGAUGAAGGUGUUAAACAUAUUUUAGAAGGUGUUGUAACACAAUCAGAAAAUGAUGGACCACCAAAGGGACUUAAAAUAUUAGUUUUAUGGAAUAAUCAUUUAACUAAAAAUUCAGCAAAUUAUUUUUCUCAUGCCUUUGAAAAAUCAAAAACUCUUGAGACAAUUAAUAUAGGUCAAAAUAUUAUGACAGAUGAAACUUUAGAAGUUUGUAAAGAUUCAUUAAAAAAAAAUACAUGUUUACUUCAAUUGGGAAUGCAAUCAACUGGUUUAAUGCUUUCUGGUAUAAUUGCACUUGCUGAAGUUAUUGAUGUUAAUAAAGUAUUACAAAGAAUUGAUCUUAGAGAUAAUAAUAUUCAGCUAACUGGUCUUACUUAUCUUUCAUUGGCAAUGAAAAAAAAUACAACAGUUACACAAAUUGAUUUGGAUGAUAAAACAUGGAGUAAAUCGCCAGCACUUAUUGAGCCAUACUUUGAACAAGUUAUCAAUAUACGUGAUUAUUGUACGAGAAAUGAUGAGGAACCAUCAUCAACUGAUUCAAGUACUGAUGAUACAAGUAGUCAACAACAUAGAAGUCAUUUAUCAAGCAUUAAUUCUCGUAAGAUAUCACUGACAUGCCAAACAUUGCCACGUUCACCUCCUGCAUUAUCAAAUAAUGCAGAUAAUAUAAAUCGUACAAAUAUGCUUGAGCCAAAACGUACAACAGGGGGACGUCUACGUUCACCAGCACCCAGUCCAAUACCAUCACCUGUUGCAAGUCCAAUACCAAGUCCAUCACGAAGUCGUUUUGUUGUAUCACGUGUUUCUGAAACAUCCUUAAGUUCAACAAAUUCAUCAGCCUCAUCAUCACCAAUAACACCACCCUCAAUAACAUCAUCAACAUGUUUUUUUCCAACAACAAAAAUACCACCACCACCAACAACAACAGCAACAACAACACCAACAAAAACAAGAUCAAGAUUUCGUGUUACUAUUGUUGAACCAAAUUCCAAUUCCAUAACAAAUAAUACUAAUAAUAAUAACAACAACAACAACAACAAUAACAAUAAUAGUAAAAUUAAUGAUAAUAAUAAUAAUAAUAGUAAUAGUUCUACAAGUACAAAAGUCGAAUACAAUUUUAGUCAAAGUAAAAGAAUUAAUUCUGAUGAUUCAGACAAUGUUUUUCGUAGUGAUGAAGAUGAUGAUGAUGAUGAUAAUGAUAAUAGUAAUAUUAAAAAUCACACAAGUACAUUAAAUACUGAUAAAAAUCCAAAAAAUUAUAAUAAUUAUGAUGAUGAUAAUUCCAUUCCAAUAUUUGAUAAUAAUAUUACAAAUUUAUUACCAAAAUUACCUAUAAAUAAUCCAUUAACAUCAUCAACAAUAAAUAUUAACAAUAAAUCAUCUGUAUUAAUAAAUAAUUUACAACAAUCAAAUAUUGAAAAUAAUAAUAAUCAUAAUUGUCAUAAUGAUAAUAAUGAUGAUGAUGAUAAUAUAUUAAAAAAUGAUGAUAAUAUACCAAAACAAACAUCAGGUUUGGAAAGGCUACUUGAACUAUUUCAGCAUCCAGGAGAUUUUAUAUCAUCUACAUUACUUCCAUCAACAGAUAAAAAUGAUUUUAAAAAAUCAGUUAAAGAAAGUGUUAGUAAUGUUAUGUUACUUGGUGAUAAAUUUCAACAAUUAUUAAAACAAGAAAAUCCAAGACCAGUAUCAUUAAGAAGAUCAACAUCAGAUGCAACAAAAAAUAAUAAUAUUAUUAAAAUUAAUAAUGAUCCAGUUAAAUCAUUAAGUAUAUCACAAUUAUCAAUUGUUGUUAAUGACAAUGAUAAUAAUAAUAAUAAAGAAAAAAUUAAUAAUUAUCAAUUAAAUGUUGAUGAUAAUACUGAUGAUGAUAAUAAUGUACCUGUGCUAGCAUGUAAAUCUUUUGUAUCUAAUGAUGAUGAUGAUGAUGAUUUAUGUGAUAGCAGCACAAAUGACAGUAUUAAUAAUAAAAAAUUAAAUAAUAAUAAGAUGGCUUCCGUAUGUAAUAAUGAGUGUAAUAAUAUUGAUGAAAUUUUAAAUAUGAAUGAUUGUGUGAUUGAAAAAACGGUUGAUGUACAUAAAAUAUUUCAUUCAAAUAAUGAUAAUUUAUUAUGUAAUUAUGAAAAUAGUAAUAUUAAUAAUGAUAAUAAUAAUAAUAUUGAUAAAGAUAAUAAUAAUAAUAAUAAUCAGGGUAAUAAUAUUGAUUAUGAUAAAAAGUAUGAUAAUAUUGAUAAUGAUGUUAAAUAUAUUAUGACAUCAAUACUUGAUAAUAUACCAGAUAUAAUUAAUUUAAAAAAACAAAAUUUAUUAUCAAAUAAUGAAGAUGAUAAUGAUGAUGAUGAUGAUGAUGAUAAUAAUGUAAAUAAUAAUUGUGUUAAUUUAAAUCAUGAUAAUGAUAAUUUAAAAAUGAUUGUUGAUAAUGAUUGUGUAAAUAAUUUAAAUACAAUAUUAAUUGUUGGUAAUAAUGAUGAUAAAGAUGAUCAAGAUGAAGAUGAUGAUAAUAAUGUAUCAAUAAUUUAUCAAAAUAUUAAUGAUAAUAAAUCAUUAUGUAUUAUUGAAGAUUUAAUUGAAGCAAAUACAUCAAGAUCACCAACAAAUUUAUUUAUUGAUGAUACAAUAAAUAAAAAACAUCGUAAUAGUCAAGAUUCAGGAAUUGAAGAAACAAAUUUAUCAAUAAUUGAUGAUAAUUUAAUUGAUUUAACAAAUAAUUUACAAGCAAGAAAUAGUUUUCAAGAAAGUGUUGAUUCUGGAUUUGAUUCAGAGUGUUCAUCAUUUUAUAUUCAUAAAAAUGAAUUGACAUCAUAUACUGCCAAGAAUCAUAACAUUCCAGAUAUUAAUAAUAUAAUAAAAUUAAAUCAUGAAUAUGAUAAUAUUAUUACUGAUGAUGAUAAUGAAAUAAUAAUUAAUUCAACAAGGUCUGAUGGUGAUAACGAUCAUCAUGAUGAAACUCAUUUACAAAUUAAUGAUGAAAAUAUUAACAUCAACAACAGUUGUAUGAGAGUCGAUUGAAGAGAUGCCUGAAAUUUUUGAUGAAGCAAUUGAUGUUACUUAUGAUGAACCAAUUAUAUCAAAAAUUAAAAUUUAUGAACAACAACAACUUGGCUAUCAGUCAUCAAAUGUUUUUGAAGAAUUAAGAUGUCAACUUGAGCCGAAAUAUCAACGAUACGCAAAGUGGCGAAUUUAAAUUACACGGAGGGGUCCAAAAUAAAAAAAAAAUAAAAAUGAAAAGUAUUUUUCAAUUUUAACCACUGAGCAAUAUUUACUAUUAUCAUGAAAAAAUAAAUUUUACAAAAUUAUAUUUUGAAAAAACAAAAUUUUUUGUUUAUUAUAAUUUUUUUUUUUUUUUUUAUAAAUAUAUACAAUUUAAAAAUCCCAGUUUAAUUUCCACAAUAGCAUGAGAAAGACGAUAAAAAAAUUUAAAAAAAAAAUAAACAAAUUAUAAAUAAUUUUAAUUUAAAUUUAAAAAUUGUAAAAAAAAAUUUUAACAGUUAUUUUUUAAACUCAAUUUGUUUAUCGUAUAAAAAAUUAAAAAAAAAAAAAAAAAGAUUUCGAUUAAAAUCAUUGAUAAUAAAUGUUAUUAAAAAAAAAUUAAUUUUAAAUGUUAUUUGUGGAUAAUGUAAGACGAGAGAGUUGAUAAAACUGUCAAUGACAUAAUUGUAAAUAAUAUAAUAAUUAUUAUAAUUGUUUUUUUUAUAAUUUAAAACACGUGAAUCAAAUAAUUUGCAUAAAAAAAAAAGAAAAUACAUUUACAAUUUAAUGGGAAAAAAAAAUUCAUGUUAAAUAUUGAACAAAUAAAUUGUCGUUAUAAUUUUUUUUUGUUUUUUUAUUUUAAAAUAAAGCUAAUAUUAUAAUUAAGUGUCAUAAUAAAUAAUGUUUAAAUGUGUGUAAAAUUAUAUGUAUGUAAUUAAUGUUAAUUAAAGUUUGAGUUUACGGUAAGAAAAAAAAAAAAUAAUACCGUAAAAUGUGAAAGAUUCUUUAAAUGAAUUAGAAAAGUUUUGAGGAAAAAAAAAAUAUUGCCAUUCUCGUAUUUCAAUGUAGUAUAUUCUGUAGAAAAUUAUAUAUCAUUUAUUUUAAAUUUUAGGUAGACAUUAGUGUUAAUUAAUCACGAGUAAAA